AUGCUACUAACAGCCAUUUUCGUGCUUCUUAAAGCAUGCACCGAGGCAAGCAGUGCAUUAAACGGCAGCAAUGAUUUAUCCUUUCAGGUAAUAUCCCCGACGAUAAUUAAAUGGCUACAAACAAGAAAAAAUAAAAGAUUUCUUCCCGUUGUUGUAAAAACGACAAAAAAAGAUUCAUUUCUAUCGCUUUAAAACUCCAAUUGCAAAGCAAGGAAAAGAGAACUGAAGUAUUGUGAGAGAUGAUCUCAAUCAUAGUUCUCCUUUUUAUGUCUUUUAGUUUCAUAGUUUCCUUAAUGUAACUUUUCCCUUGCCAAUAGCCUGCGACCAGGAUUCGCAGUAGGUGAAAAAAGGCAGAAAAAAAACCACUGCUGAGAGCCAAAAAAAAGCGCAAAGAAUAGGGGACGUUUCCUCGAUUGGUGUGGUCUACCUUGCUUACAUCAUUCAGAUCAUGGACUGGGCAGGUUACAGAAGCUCAUAAAAGGACCGAUAGCGGCUUCGAUAGGGGUACCAAGGGCUGUUUACAGGAGAGCCUUGCGACGUAUGCCCAAAUUUUCAAAUUUUUGUUCCGGAAAGUUUGCCAGUUUUCAUUCAACUUUGUUCCCGGCCGGAAUUUCUAGAAAUUUCAUUUGAACGCUUCGCUUUUCGGAAUUCAAAAGUUUCCAGAAUUUCAGGAAACGUUUCUGGGAAAUUUCUGUUCCAUUUGAUGCUGUUUCCAAAUUUUCUAAAGUUUUGGUUCCAAAUAACGGAAAUUUGUGUUCCAUUUCUUCAGAGCCUUCUUUGAUAUCAAUUUCAGGCCUUCGUGAUCGUUUUUCGGUAAAUGGUACUGAUUUGUACAAAAUAACGGUAAAAUUAAUUCCGAGGCAAAAUUUACCAGUCCUGAAUUUUGGGUACCAUUUGCCCAAAUCAUGGACCGAUCGGUUUGCCCAUGUAAGUGGUAAACAACUAGGAGGUCAGAAUCUUCGGUCAGUUAUUGUGUUGUCAUUGUUAUUAACCUAAUAGUAUUCUUAUUCUAAAUUUGACGUUGAACAUCAUAUAAUGGAUAUGUUAACUUGAGAGAAGGCUUCUAUUGGAUCAUUCACGGCCCACUGAAAUCCGAGCCAAGCUGUUAACUUGCAAUGUGAAGAGGACAAGUCCCUUUUACGUAGUGAAAAAGAAUUAUUUUUGUUUUCAGGAGUCCAAAGUGAAUAUCAGGUGGCAAGAUCAUGUUCUAUUAAUGGAAGAACGCGGUAAGUUUCCGUCAUAAUUUCUUUACGCAACUUAGUAGAGUAUUGUUCUUUUAAAAACGGAAUAAAGUGUUGUUGUUGUUAUAUUCAUAUAUAGAGAACAGACAACAUAAACGCAAAGAGGCUAUCCACGUCAGUAGAAACAGACUGUAAUGAACAGAGAAACGACAUCAGUAAGUUCGUCUGGUCUGUUAGGUCUUCAGUAUCACGCGUUCGUGAUUUGCAAGAUCUUCAAAUAUGACAUACAAAAACCUUUUGCUAGGGUUUGACUCUACUUGGAACUACCCAGAAAUUAAAGCUGGAAUAGGCUUUUUCCUAUGUCUUCUAUCCCACAAUGAGCAAACGUAUCAGAAUCACUCCGUGCAUGCGCAACAAAACUAUUUACUUCGCUGUCAUUUUAUUGUAUUGCAGGUGGAAAGAAAUGCAAAUACAAAGGUGUGUCGUACACGAGAGGGCAAACCAUUUUAAAACCCAGAGCACCAAAUUACGAUCGGUGUGAAAAUUGCACGUGCGUCAGUAGAGGAAGGUUUAGAAAGUGUAAGACGGUUUACUACUGCGAUGCCAUUUUGGCCUGCGACAAAGAGGAUUACGUUUUUCCUGAAGAUGACUGCUGUCCUGUUUGUAAAAAAACAGGUGAGCAACCCAGGAAACCAUUCUUUUUUGAACCCACAAAUGAAACAUCUAGGCUUAAAAAAGAGAAGAUUUUAUACUUCCAAAUACUCUAUGGAAUUUGCAAUAUAGUUGAGGAAAUAUACGCGUGGUAGUAGAGACCCCUAUUUUAACGCAAGAUCGUCAAAAUCGAGUGUUUAUUCUGUGCGAUUGCUCACUGAGGGGCGAGCAUCGCGGCUUAGCUCGGCUUAUAGUGGCCGGCAGCCCAACCCGCUAUAAGCAUCCUGUCUUUUACGUUCUACUGCAGUCUGUGUAAAAUUGAGGCUUUGAUCAAGAAUUCCCUUUCGCGCCAAGCAAAGUUAUCAGAAAAGUUGUGCAUGCAGGCUUGGUCUAGUUUUUAUUAAAGUUAUCCUUAAAUUAAGAAUCCAAGGGUUUAGUUUAUAAAAAAAUAUGGUGUCUCGUCGUUGGAGGAGUGAAACCCCUAAAAUAUGGUUUUCUCAACUGAAUUACUGACCGCGUUAAUUUACAACCACCGUAAUGUUGAAAACCAUGACGUUUCAAACACUAGCCCUUCGUCAGAGUGGAUGUAUUCAUUUUGAAUCCAUUGGCUCUUUCGAAGAGUUAGAUCUCGGAACGACACAUUUGCAAUGUUCUUUUUUUACAAUAGCUGACAGAUUUCUCGAGCGCUGAAUUAGUCGAGAGCUAUGUUCUAUAAGGGUACAGACCAUUGAAAUGACGUCAUGGUGGCGUAAUUUCUUUUUCUCUCUCUCUCGCGCGCGAUUUUCUGAGAAACAACUCAAAUUGUUGUUGCUUUAUUAACUAGUCUUGUUAAUUGGACAAUACCCCACGUUCGAUAAUAUCAGAAUUCUAAAAUUACUCCGAGGCUUUGGGGACAAAAUGGCAAAUUUUUCACGACUCCAUUGUCUAGCAAUUCCCAUAAGAGGCUUAUGACACAGAAAAUAAGGAAAUAAUACUUUAAUUAUCCUCUCCCCUUAUGGGGCUUUUCAGGGGUAAUGCAUGAAACAAGUUUAACAUAACAUGGUCAAAAAUCCCAUCUGGUAGGAGGCAAACCAGUUGGUUAUUUUACAAACGUGGCUGAGGAUUUGAACUCGGGACUACCAAGAACAAAUCCAGCUAGCGGUCAGGGCUGGACUUGAACUCAAAAAUGAAUGAUAAUGAAUUUUGUUAACUGUAAUUAAAUGCGUCAUCUUGAAAAUAAUGGUGUAUCUUGACUUUUUAACUCCGAGUUGGUGAAGUUCAUAUACCAUUAUUUUCACGAUGAUGUUUCAUCUGAGUUGAAACGGCUAAAUUUUUGCUCUUGCCUUGAGGAAUGAAGUACUAUUUAUUAGCAAAGGUAAAAAAGGGUUUAAAGGUAGGCACCUCAUUCAGUUGGGAUAGUUUGGAACGCUAGUACUUCGUCCUAUUUCGAACUCAUUAUGUUUGAUUAAGUUUUCACACUGAAACUGCACUUUAUUGCUGAAGCUUACACUGGUUUUAAAGAACCAUCUUUAAAAUUUUACUUGCGGCUGUCGUUGGUUGUGAACCGACAAAUCAGUUCCCCCUCAGCUUUUGUUUGAAGGGCGGUUGAUUGCUUGAUCAUCUUUUUAUUUAAGCAAACGUAUUUACACUCCAUGUAGUGUGAAUAAUAUGUGUGAUAUAUUCCUCACUUUUCUCAUUGUUAAUUAUCGACAGACUGCGGAGACCUAGAAGAAGGUCAAAAGAUCACAGAAAUUAAGGGAGAAAACCCUUUAAGAGGCAUAUGCACUAUCUGUGAAUGUAAAUACCAGGUUCAACGCUGUUCCGACAAUGAAUUUAUAUGCCGCAAUAUACCUGAUUGCUUGGAGACGAAGAUGAAACCAGGAUUCUGCUGUCCACAAUGCAGUAUGUAUCCACUGAGAAUGUAGUAAGACAGGGGUGAGAUGUCCCUUCCUUCCUUUCCCUUCCACCCCUCAUCCCUUAAAGGUAUAAAUAGACCCAUCCUGCAUUCCUGUAAACAAAGGCACCGGCUCAAGGCACAAAUGAUUCACCCAAGUCUCGACCUCGUGUUAUUAGGGAGCUUUAGCAACGUCGGCGACGGCAGCGAGGACGUCAAAAAAGCAAUAGGUCUAUUACGCAAAACAACAAGUUUGCACGUGCAUCACGCUUUUCUGUACAUUUCUUUACCGUCCUUGCACGUCUACGACGUGAAAAUGCCUAAUUGCAAGUUUUAUGGAUGACGUAAACAAGCUACGACGAAUCUCUUUUUCUGUCUCUAAACUUGAGUGCGGUCCUCUAGAAAUGAACUCCAGGGAAAUUUGCCUACACUUGCCAUUUUCAACAAACUGGAAUAAACGCGACAAAGUUUGAAAAAACGGGAAUUCAUUUUAAAACUGACGUUUUCACUGCCGUUGCCGUCGUCGAUGCUAAAGCUCCCUAUUUUAGGUGCGACGGAUGACAAGUGCUAUUUGGAGAAUAUCUGACUGACUAAACUUUUGAUCCUGAAUUUGCUGGGGAACAUCAAAUGACGACGGGAACUGAACAUCGAUCGAGGUUAAAGCGUGUUUUUAAAGUAAGGACAAUUUCAAUAAGUAAUGAAAUAGCUAUUGGAUUCGGCUCUCAUGAGAGAAUUUAGCAGAUCGACCGAUAUCACCCUGUGAGCAGAACUUCCUUUUAACCUUCUUGAGUGGGGAGAAAAAAUGGGGGCUCUGUCUGAAUCACAUCCAGUCUUCACGGCGCCGAAGCCAGAACUUCUGCAGCUUCUGGACUAGUUAAUCUUGUUUUCUAUCGUCAAACUGGUUUUCCGAGUGCGAAAAUCCGUUCUGCAACAACUAAGCUCGCGGUAGCAAGCGCAAGGUUAUUAGGCCUGGAUCCUAGCAACAAGCAGGACAUGCUCAACAAAGUCGGAUCUGAUUUGAUUCAUGGAGUGUCAUUCUCGAGACACCAAAAUUGAGCAAGUAAAGGAAAAGCAUUGUUAGCAGAGUGGACAGAGAUCUACAUAAUUCUUCAGAUUAUACCCAACCUCACUCAAUAAUUGCUAAUUAUUUUGUCGGUCGAGGUGUGGUAUGUCGGUAGAGUUGUGAAGGGUUUGAAUGAUUUCUAGGUCAUCAAACAGGCCCUUCAUUCUGAUUUUCCUUUAUCCAUCCAUGAUUUUGUUUCAGAAACAUGGGCCAAACCCACGACUGAACCCUUGUUGACUAUAUCAUUGGAACCGGAUAGAGGAUGGAGAGAAAACAGUGAUGGUCAACCUCAAAAUUAAAGCGGUAUUUUCACUCUUUUGGCUCCUGUUAGUGAUUUCACCAGGAUAUUUUUUGGCCUACCAAUGUCUACAGCAAGGCUGUGCCAUGUAGUAGUGAAUCCCAGUUGAAUUGACAUUAAUCAUUUGUUUGUAAAUCAAACCAACGAUUGUGAUUAACGAACUUACUAACUCAAGGGAACCACAAUGUAACUUACUCUGAGAAUUAUCGGUCGUUUUGUGGUAUUAAGUACCACCUAUUAAAGUACUAGUCAAUUUGUAACGUUAACCUUACAAUACCGGGUAUCAUUGCUUCAGUUCGUUUAGAACAUCUAAAUAAUAGCUUUUGUCCCAAAAGAAGUAUCGGCAUUACUCUUCUCAAUUUACUUUACGCAAAAAAACUAUCAUCUACGACCUUUUUGUUAACUUUUUAAAUUUUUUUUUUAAUUAAGUGUCUCUGCACCUUUGAUGAAUUCAUUAGCUUUAACUUUCCUAAUCGAGAGGUGGGGGAAUAUUUCUUUCGGUUUUGAGGAUAUGGACAAGAAUAAUAAAAGCUUAUUUAAAAAAAAUAUCCUCAGCCUCGUUGCCCCGGCGUAUGCAAAAUCAGGAAUGUAGCUUAAAACUGUUUCAGGUCAAUUCGCUACAAGAUGAGUAUGUUUCAUAUGGGUCAGUCGAAACACAGUUUUAGUUUCAAUGAGUGACAGUGGCGUGAGUUAUUAAUUUUAUUUUUCCUUAUUCUUACUUAACAGGUGAAGUUUAUUGUAUUGAAAACAAGUACUGAUCCUGCUGAUCUCAUUCAUAAGCUAAGCAAUAAUUUCAAGAAGUUAAUCUAUUCAAAACAAACCUACUCAGUUAGACUGUCAGUUCCUGUACGAAGGAAAGUCGAUAAAUUCCUCUGUCUGCACUCUGUUGAUUUUCAACUUUGCGUUUGGUGUGUAACUUCUCUCCGCUUCGACAAGCCCAUUGUUAACUGAGAGCACUGAAUAAUUUAAAAGAUAUACACUAGAGAUUUGUAAAGUGAACUGAACUGAACUGAUAAAAUGAACCUACGAGAGACGCUACGAAUGUAAAGCCGCACUACUAUCAUGUUUUUCUGAAUAAGUUUUAAUUUCUUUUCGGCGUAAAUGGUC